UCUGGGUAUGGAACAAUCUGAAAUGGCAGAGGUCAUCUGUGAUUCCAUUAGAUGUCUGGAGACGAAAAUUGAUGGCUUGCAACGAGAAAUGAGGGAGUUAAUUCAAAGCAACAAAGAUCUAAAGAUCGAAUGUAAUGAGUUGAAGGUGAAAGUGGAUGGUUUGAUGGCCAAACAGGGUAAAGUUAACGUGCAGCUCAACUUACUGAAUAAGUAUAUUGAAGGCGUGAAAUCCUACUUUCCCAUCGAAAACGUGGAAAAGUUGAUGGAGUUGGAGCAGAAAAUGGCUGAUAAUGAAGGAAUCAAAGCUGCUGUUGAAACACAACUUCGACGCCUUUUAAAGCCUGGCGAUAAAGAUUUCUUGCCGAAAGUUGCAAAAAUUGACGUGUUUGAAGAUUUUAAUGUUACGGGAAGGGGAAAGAGAAAAAAUAUCCUGGACCUGAAUAUUUUUAAAUACAGCGCAGAGAUAAUGCGUCUGAAUAGACAUGAGGUAAGACUACAUGUCGAGCGCCAGCAAUCGAAGUUGCGUCAAAAGAAAAUAAGGGCUGAGAAAAGUUCAAGGAUGGAAAACAUAGAAAAUAAUUCAUCAGAAGCAGAACAGGAUCAGAAUCUGAAUGUAAAUGAGAGACACCGUGAGGUGACUUCUGAAAUUCCAGACCCAUUUGCAGUGGCGUUUCCUGAGCACAUAACGCUUCCAUCUAAGUUGCGUAGAAUUUCAUAAAAUAAAUCCGUCGAUCACAUUAUAACGGAUCAUAUUUUAAGAGGAAAUGAUUUUCCUCUUUUCCUCGAAUAUUUUGUU